GAAUUAAUAUUUCAACAGGUAUGCUGGACAGUUACUAAACAAGUAUAAUGUGUGCAAUGUGAAGGAAAAAAUGAGUGGACAGUCUCAAAUCAGUGACAAAAAAAGGAAAUGGAUCUCAAUUAUUUUCAUCUCCUAGCACAAUUACAAGCCAAUAAAAUAUGAGAAUUCAAAAGAGCAAACUGACGGGUGGAAAAAAAUCAUGGAUGAAAAACAUGGGUGAGGAUUGUUAUUCCACAAUCCUCAGAGCACUCACUAAACAGCUAUGAAAGCAGAAACAAAUUAACCAAGGAACGAGGGUACUUGGAGGCAAACUUACAAAAAGUAAUCCAACAGAACUGGAACUUUACAAAGGGAUGGAAAGAAAUGCCAUCCUCUCAGGACCCUAAAUGAUGGGGGUACAGUUUACAGUCAAAUUAAGUUGAUUCGGUCCAUAAUAAAUAAUCAGAGACAAGUAAUCUUUACAUCCUUUUAUCUAUGUGAGUUAAGCAAAAACUCAUCAACCUAGCACUAUACAAUCGGCUUGGCUAGCCUUUUAUCUAUUCUACAUCCUCAAAGUAAUCUGCAUUUGUCAUUUACCUCCAUGAAAAUUUCCAGUGGUUGCCCAUUUCCUAUAAAUAAAUAUACACACAUAGACAUAUAUGUCUUUCUUGUUCAUUGUUGCAUUGUUGAAGCUAAAAGAGUAUGCUGCAGGGGUUCAAUUAGCAUUUCAGGAAUAAAUGAGGUGAAUUUGGCUUCAACUGCUUUCCAGCCAUGCUGGGUUUACUUGAAUUCAUCUGCAGACCUUUGUGAGUUAGAGCACAUUAGUUUCCUUACUAUGACUUCCAAAUCUGGAUACAUAAAGCCCCACAAUCUACCAUUACUAUCCCCUCUCUCAUACUAGUCCAGCUUCAUUUUUCUUGGUAUAUGCCAUAUAUAUCAGAGCCUUUCCAUUUACUGUUUCUUUCGCCAAAAAUUCCUUUCAAGAGUCACACACUUAGACCCCUUACUUCUCUUGGGCCUUUAUUCAAAAGUCAAUCAGUGGCCGGGCUUUAGGAGUCCGAGGCAGGCAGAUCACCUGAGGUCAGGAGUUCAAGACCAGCCUGGCCAACAUAGUAAAACCCCGUCUCUACUCAAGAACAAUUACUUAAACAUUUUUAUGUUCCUCAUGUAUCUAGUUCAAAAACCUCACAGUGGUAAAAAGAUAAUAAAAGAAUCGUGAAAGUGUGUUGAAAGAGACUGCUAGAUUUUCACCUAAGUGUCUUAGGCCAGUAUUACUACAAAAGAAAAGUGUAACUGGAGUUAGAAAAUAUCAUUACCUGAAUGAGAAAAUUUUAUCAGCCAUUCUUUUAAAAAGAUAUUCAUAAGACAUACACAUCUGAAAAGUAAAGUAUGUAGAUGCUCAAAUAUUUGCUGAAUGUGUGAUUUAAAAUUUUAAGUUAAUCUUUAUAUAGAGUCUAAAAACUUUUCUCAGGCUAACAUAAUCAAAAUUUAGGUUCAAAAUUUCGAAAACAAAAGUCUUGUGUCCUCUGCCUUUAUGAACUUGAUUUGCUAAAAGUAAAUCUGCCAUGCAUCCUGAUCUUGUGUUUGGCAGCAAGAGCCAAAAAAAAAAAAAAAAAACUCAGGGACAAAAGUACCGCUUCAUUGUCUUCCCUGUCAUCCAAUAACAAACAUAUAAAGGAUUAAGUACAUAAACAAUCAUAUCUUGAUUAUCAUAAAAAGUUCAAAAUAGACUAAAUAAAAUUACUUUAAAAACGAACUACGUCAAUAUCCACUUUCCAUCAACAGAGGUUUCUCAACAUAAGCAUUAUGUGCUUAUAAAGCACAUAAAGCAUCCCUGACAUAAAACUUUAUCCAGGUUUUGAACACAAUCACAAACAUUAAAAGACAUGACAGGAAUGUUAUUGAGAAAGUAUUUUCAUUAGGGCCAAAUUCUGUUACAACAAAUAUAAAAAGCGAACAUAUUUUCACAUUCCUAGCAAUGGUCUGCUUAUAAAUCCAAUAAUACAAAAAAUAAAUUCAGCCACCUCCCUCAGUAGUCCCUUGGUUUCUCAGUUUUAUCUGAUCAUAAGUGGAAGGACCCUCUUUUUAUCGUCUAUCACAAUGUAAUACGUUCUUGAUUAAACACACAAUUAAGUCUACUUAAGUCUCUUCCUAAAUUGCUAACUGCCCAAACCUAUGUAUAAAUCAUACAAGCUUCACCAAAACACAAAAACUUAAGAAACUACACAAUAAAAUGGUUAGCAAAUAGGUACACUUUAAAUGUUUGCAGCAGACUUGAGAACAUUCCCAUCUGGCUGAAUGUCUCGUAGUAACGUGACUCUUUAUCAACAGUGAGCACAUGAGUCUUCCUUGGCAGCCAGGUCUACACUACUUCAAGGUAUGACCACACUUUAAAGAGUCAUGAUGGAAACGACUAGAUUACGAAACCAUAAACAGUAAACACAGCACAUCCACCAGGCGGUGGAAGAAACUAUAGAGAGAUUCCAUUCAGAAGCUGCCAUUUCUACUGUUGGUUAAUGUAUUUUUGUUUCUACCAAGGAAGCUGUGAAAUCCGCGUGCACACCCAUCCCAAAUCUAUCCGUGGGGCGGGCGCAGGCUGAGUCAUUCCUAGGAGUAACUUUAUACCGUAGAAUCCUCGCACUCUGGGGUCGGGACAAAGACAUCAUCUCUCCGUUCCUCCCACUCGGUAAGCUUCGUUCGGCCUCGGCCAAACUCCACUCUCCCGUUUCUCGAGUCCAACACAGAAUUAAGGGCUGAUCCCUGGCAGCGAUGAGCACAAGUCAAGAUGCGUCUCGGGGGGUUCGGAGGUCCCUCGCCCUCGGCCACUCCCGCAACUAGGCCGGGUGCUGACCGGCAGCGCAGAGGGAGGGAUCCCAAGGCUCCGGCCGAGGAAGCCGCAGGCAGCCCCGCAGCGAGAGGAUCCGACUCACACCUCCCGCAGCCUGGUGGAGCAUCGACUCGAACCGCUUUUGUCUCCACAGGGGCUGUCGCGCCGGGAAGGCGGCCAGUGGGCAACACCUGCCGGGGCGGGAGGCGCCGGGGCCCUCCGGUGCACACACCUGCGCGUGGGCCGAGCUCAGGCCGGCCGGAACUCUGGACCCUGCGACCCCGGCCCACCGUGCCAGGGCCCGCCGCGCGACCGCUGUGCCAGAUGGGGGAAGGGGACACGGGCGGCGGCGACACUUACCCGGCAGCGCCUCCUCCUUCGCCGGCGGCAGCAGCAGAGCCAGCGACCCCUGGCACCAUCUUCCGCCGCCGCCUAGUCCUCGGCGGCGGCUACCAACCGCCCAUUCGGCACCGCUAAGCCGACACAACCGCCGGCGUCCCGGGCGUCCGCCCGCCGCGGCCCCUAACUCUAGGAGGCAGGGAGGGGUCCGGGCGGAGAAGGACGCAGGCAGGCCCCUCGGCUCUGGGUCUGGGGCCGGGGGACAGAAGGCCGCGGCCUGUCAGAGCCGAGGGGCCCAGGCGACUGGGGGACCCUGAGGCAACGCCGAGGGCUCGGCAGGGCCGCGGACACCGCCGCGGCUUGGUUUGUUUUUGUCGACUCCGUCUCUUCCUCCGCGGCGCAUGCCGGGAAACGGCCUGCCGGGGGAGGGGCGCGCCUGGAGGCGCAGAGAGGCAUCUACGCAGGUCCGGAAGUCGGCAGCCUGCCGGGAAGGGGGCGGCCCCGCCUCCGGCUCUCGGCCUGCCGGGCAAGUUGGCUGUCCUGGCCUGACCCUGGGAGACUCCGCUGGGGCCGCCUGUUAUGGUGCUAGCUGCGUCCCGGCGCGUACUUUCCCAAGGUGAGUUUGACCUUCUUUGCGACAGCGAGUAGGCCCUGACUAAGGUCGACCCACCAAACAUUGGAUCGUCCCCAGGCGAAAGAGAGCUUGUGCCCCUCAGCCUGUCGCGGAGGUGCAGAGCCAGUCGAGGGUCUGGUGUCCCCGUCGCCUCUCCAGGGGCAACCUGCGGACUAGGCCAAGGUCUGUAACAGGAUGACAUACCAGCGCCUGGCCCAGGCGUUCCUGCCGCCACCUCCCCACAUAUCCGGACCGCCGGGACUGCACGCAGCUGGCAAGCGUCCCCCUGUUAACUCUGCAAGGGUAGGGCGGCACAAUUUCUCAGACCAGGUAAGGCAAGAAAACAUCCAAGAGAGAAGAGAGGGAAGGCUAGGCCGAUCGGAAUGAAAAUGUAAACGCCACAACCACGUUUUCAGCUUUACAAAUACUGAAUCUUGUAGUGGGUCUAGUGGGUUAGGGGUUAGCAUGAGCACCCUAGUGGUUGAGAGACAGUUUCAGGGGACUCUUGCAUUUGCGAAGAUGAUCAGUCACAGGCAAUGACUUGAAGCCACAAGGCUUGAAUAUUAAAAUCUGAUAAGCAGAUGUUACACGUAGAAUAAUUACAUAAUAGUUUUCAAAUUCCUGUUAUAUCCAGGAAUAUCUGGUAUGAGUAAAAACUUGGAGGUGCCUCCUCUAAAGUCAGCAGGACUUCCGAGUUGUGUUUGUAAAAAUAAGAGGCACAAGAGGGCACCAAACUGAACAAAAUGUUAGGUGGAAACUGAAAAACGUAAACGUUGAUUAGCAUGAACAAUUUAAGUUUUCAGUCACACUGACCAGUAUCUGAAAGUUAGGAUUGAGAUGGGCUUGUUUUAUUUAUUUACUUUUAAAUUUGUGCUGCUACAUAUCCCAAACAAAUCUGGUCUUUAUCAUCAUUGGCAAGCCAUUUUACUUAUUGGUUAAGCUGGAAUUUUAUUACACCACUCCAGCAAGAUAGAGGAGAAAAGCAAAAAUUAAGCAGUAAAUGGUUAUUAUGCCUUAGGGGAAGGUGUGAACUGGCAAGACAAAAGAGCCGAAUUUAGUAGUAGAGCAUAGUCAUCAGCACACAGAAAAUAAGUGGUGAGGAGGAGUUUGGCCAGAAAAUUGGCUAAGAAAAACAGCAGUAUGACCAAGAAUGAAAAGAAAAAGAAAGAAAAGAAAAACAGCAGUAUGAGGCCUGUAAAGAACAUAUUGGUACUUGCACUUCCUCUUAUUAGUGACAUUCAUUAUUACAAAUAUAACCCAAUUUAGAAUGUAAAAAUCUUGCUGGAGCUCGGUGCAGUGACUCACACCUGUAAUCCCAG